AUGGAUAACGAAAACAACUCGGAUUCCUUCUCUUAUUAUGUAACAUUUGCUCAGCGAGUUGCUCAAUUUGGGUUUUUUGCAACUACGACUUCAUGUACUGUUCUUAUUCUCUUAACAAUUUAUGGCGUAAAACGGGAUUUCGGAAGUUAUAAAAAUCUAUUGUUAAUGUUUGCUGGGCUAGGAAUUGUAUUUGCAACCACUGAAGUUCUGUUGUUCCCGAAUUUACACUCCUACAACGCUGGAUACUUUUUCUACAGUAUGGAGCGCCCAUUCAGAUUAGACACUAAAAAUGUCUCCCGCUUCCUUGUAAUUUAUACAGGCCUCUAUGGAUCGACAAUUUGUUUGCUCUCUGUCCAAUUUGUCUAUCGAUAUUGGGCAGUUUUUAGUGAAUCAAAACUGAAAUUUUUCAAAGGUUGGAGGUUCAUAUUUUGUAUCAUGUAUUGCGCAGCUUUUGGAGCAGAUUGGGGAUUGUCAAUUUAUUAUUUUGAUGAAAUGGAUGCCUACGCUGAUCAUUAUUUCAGAGCCGAAAUGCAUAAAAGAUAUCGCCUAAACAUUAGCGAGGUUGCGUGCUUUUCCCUGGUUGCCUACAACUUUGAUAAUACCCCUAGAUGGCGUAACAUAUUAUGCACAAUUUCUCUAUUUUGUAUUAUGCUCAUUCAAUACACGAUAAUAAUCUAUUGUGCGACAAUUAUGUAUCUGAAAAUGGAAGAAAAACUGAAAUUAUUAUCCGUCUCAAUAAGAAAUCUACACAGACAAUUCUAUAAAACAUUGGUAAUCCAAAUAUUCACUCCGACCAUUUGCCUAUUUUCUCCCUUGAUUUUUAUAAUUUUUCAUCCACUUUUCAACGUGGAAAUUGUUGUGCCAACUGGAAUGCUGUUAUGUGCAAUCACGAUAUAUCCAGCGGUGGAUGCAAUUAUCAUUAUGUAUGUUGUAACAGAUUAUAGGAACGCUAUAAAAAAGAACUUCAAAAAAGUGCAGCAGAAGCUCUUGUCUCAACGAGGAAUGUCAACGAUUUUGAUAAGAACAACUCAAUCUGUUUGA